AUGCGCCGAAAUCUAAGAGAAAGAUUAUGGUGGCCACGUAUGGACGAUGAUGUUCAGAAGAAAGUUAAGCUUUGUCUUGGUUGUACCGUUGUAAGUCGACAAAAUCCCCCUGAGCCAAUGAUCCGGAGUGAGAUGCCGGAACGUGCUUGGCAGGACAUUGCGAUAGAUUUUUUUACGGCUAAGGAGUAUGCAACUUUUCUAGUGGUUGUAGAUUACUUUAGUCGGUUCCUUAAAGUAAUCGAAAUGAAGGGGACAUCAGCUUCAAAAACUAUAGAUGCACUGGAAACCAUUUUCAACGAACAUGCCUAUCCAGAGAGCAUUCGGUGUGACAAUGGUCCACCAUUCUCAAGUGAUCAAUUUUCGGAAUAUUGUUUAAAGAAAAACGUCCGAUUGAUUAAAUGUAUCCCGUACUGGCCGCAGAUGAAUGGGCUUGUAGAGCGGCAGAACCAGGGAAUCCUGAAGACUCUCCGGAUAGCCAAAGCCACAAAGAGUGACUGGAAGAAAGCCAUUAAGGAAUACGUGUAUAUGCACAAUACUACACCUAAUUCGGUAACAGGUAAAGCCCCUCUGGAGCUCAUGACAGGUCGUCCGGUGAAAGACAUGCUUCCAUCUUUGCGAACGGAAAGGUUAAGUAAUAAAAACGAAGAAAUAAGCGACAGGGAUGCCAUAUUGAAGAUGAAAGGCAAACUGUAUGCCGAUGCCCGCAGACAAGCACGACCAUCUGAUAUUAAAAAAGAAACCUGA